AAAACAAAAGAAUCAUUUAGAUACGCAUGUUGACGCGCAUGCGUGUAGAACAUCAGUUUCAAAUUCUAUUCUAAAAUGGCUAACCACCAAAGAUCAUCAGGAUUAACAAACCAGCAACAUUCAUCAUCAACAAUCACCACAACAAUGGAUACAAAUAACCAUUUUGUUGAAUAUUUGAUAGCGAGAGGCAAAACUAGCUUAACUAGACGAUUGUUUCCGUCCGCAACGACCUUAGCGAUUCUUGAUAUAUGUACUUCUGAUCAACCACCUGAUCAACUACAACAAACAGAUAAUCAUGGUCAAUCAGCUGACACUUGUCAAUCCGCUGAACAAUCAGCUGAAUCUGGACAAUCAACAGGAAUCGACCAAUCAGUUCAACAGGUAGUUCUGAGUGAACAGUUACCAGCUUUAAAUUCUCAAGAUACUGGUGAGCCAAUGGAAAUGUCAGCUGAAGAAGAACCAGAAGAGAUUGAGCCGGAACCUUCAACAUCUUCCACAAUUCCUUUACUUGCAAAUGCUAAAUCUGGUUGGUAUCCAGUGCUGAAAAUUAAACGUCGUGGGCCUUGCAACCAUCUUACUCGAGGUCGUGUUAUGGGUAAUCUGGUUGAGCACGCCGACCUUGUUUAUUUUGAUGAGGAUUUGGAUUGUCCCGAUUUGGAACCAGAAGAGUUGGGUCCAAUUAAUGCUCCGACAGAUAAAGAAAAAUACUAUUGGGCUGACACUGCUCCAAAAGAGAUGGAUAAGGAGCGCAGGAAAAAACGAGGCGCGAAUCCUAACACUUCCUGUCGAUUUUGCCACGGACUCUACUCCAGCAAAGAAGUAGCAGACAUACAUGAGAGAGACGUUUGCACUGCAGCAGGAGCUCCGGGUCAUGUCUGUGACUCUGAUUGCAUUGACAACUGUCCUGGUAAUCCACCAUACCAAAAAGCUAAAGGAAAGCCUCUUGGCCGAAAGAAAUCAAAAAAAUAAAUUCAAAUCAUUUUGUUAUAAAAUUUUCAUUAAAAUUUUCCAUAAAAAAACACAAUUACGAUAAAUAGAAUUUUAAAUUUGAUCAUUUGACAAA